AUGGUCUCUUUCUCGUCUCUGUGCACUGCCGCCCUGCUGGCAAGCUAUGCAGCAGUCAUGGCACAUCCCGGCCACAACGUGGCCGAAGAGGCUGCGGAGCGUGCAGAGUUCUUCAAGCGCAACCCGAAGACAAUCCGAUCUUGUGCGAGCAAACUGAAAGCUCGGGGCCACGAACAAGCCAAUAUCGCACGCCGCCAGGCGUUGGCCAGGAACAUUAGGGCCAAGCGUGGCCUGUCCACCAAACCCAUUGUUCACCGUCGCGAUUUCAGCUCGUACAAUUUCACUCAUUUGGUCGACGAUCCGACCAUCUCCACCGGCCUGGAUGAGGCAGUCCUCUUCGCAGACAACUCGUCGUGCACUCUCCAGACCGAUGUUACUCAGGGACCCUACUACGUCACCGGUGAAUUGGUCCGCGAGAACAUCACCGAGGACCAAAUAGGCAUUCCCCUGACGCUGGACAUCCAAGUAAUUGACACGUCAACGUGCGAGCCCGUCCCUGCGCUGUACAUGGAUCUCUGGCAUUGCAAUGCCACCGGAGUCUACAGUGGAGUGGUCGCCAGCGGGAACGGUAACACCAACGACACGGCCAAUCUCAACAAGACCGCCUUGAGAGGAAUUCAACAGACCAACCGCAACGGCAUUCUCCAGUUCGAGACCAUCUUCCCCGGACAUUAUACAAGCCGAGCCACGCACAUCCACAUCCUCACCCACAACCCUAAUUCGACCACCAUCCGGGUCAACGACACACUGCUCGAUACCAAUGCUACCACAGUGCGCGCUUCGCACGUCGGGCAGCUCUUCUUCGACCAAGAUCUCAUCACGCAGGCCGACACCAUUGAACCAUACAGCUCGAACACGCAACAAGUCACCCCGAACUCGGUCGAUUCAAUCUUGUCUGAAGAGGCGGACACCACCGAUCCUUUCGUCGAAUAUGCCUUGCUGGGCGACUCCCUCGAGGACGGCAUUCUGGCAUGGAUCAGCAUCGGCAUCGAUCCAACCGAGGACAGCGAAAUUACCAGCGCCGCCGUUCACUACAAGGACGGCGGAGUUACAAACAGCGACGGCGGGAUGGGCAUGGGAGGUGGUGGCGGUGGUGGUGGCGGUGCACCGAGCGGAAGCGCAAUGCCAGCUGGCACUGCGGUGCCAACCAUGUGA